AUGGAGUCCGUUAAAAGAAUUGGAGAAUCUCCAGAACCUCAAGAUGUCAAAAGAGUUAGACUUAGUGAUGAAGAAAGAGCUUUGAAAUUGAUUAAAGAAUCAGAUGUAGGUAUUAUUCAAUUCUUGAAUGAUAAAAGUGCUGGAUUUUCGGGUAUGUUGAAACAAAGAUAUUCAGAUUUCAUGGUCAAUGAGAUAGAUUUGAAGGGAAAUGUUGUACACUUAUUGGAUGAAGGUGUUGAUGCAGGCAAGACAAGAAAAGAGAAAAAGAUUGAAAGAAGACAAAAGGAAAGACAAGAAUUUCAAGGUAAAACCUCAGAAGAAAUACAACAAAUUAAAGAGGAAAGGAAAAUCGAAGCCAUGAACCAACCAAAGUAUGAAUUGACCGAAGAAAAUCGUAAAGCAUUACUCGAAUUGAUCACCGAGAAAGAAUUACAAAACAUUGAAGAUUUAUUCGUAAAUGGUAAAUAUACUGAAACUGAAACCAAGUUUGAAGAUAAAUCAACAAGAGGUAAAUUACAUCAGUUAUUACGUGAAUCAUUUGAAGGAAAAUUAGAAACCAUAACUUCCCCUGAAAAUACUUUCAGAAUCACCAUAGCUAAAAACCCUUCAACUCAAAGAGGUAGACAUCCUCAAGAAAGUCUCAACCACGUUGAUGAAAAUGGUGUGAUUAACUUCGGUAUAGGUCCUUUCAAACAUUAUUUACAUUUUACCGUUUACAAGGAAAAUAGAGAAACCAUGGAAGUUGCAGGUACUCUUGCUAAAUUUUUACGUAUACCUUCCAAGAACAUAAGGUAUGCCGGUACUAAAGAUAGAAGAGGAAUCACUUGUCAAAGGUUUGCCAUUCAUAAAGGAAAGUUGGUAAGGGUCUCAACUUUAAAUAAAGCGUUGAAAAAUGUUGUGUUAGGUGGGUUUUCUUAUGAAGAUGAAAAUUUAAGUUUAGGAUCUUUGAAAGGUAAUGAAUUCUUGAUCACUAUAAGAAACGUCAAAGCCAUAAAUGAAGGUGAUGAUUUAAUUAAAAUCAUCACCACUGGUUUUGAAACUUUGAAAACUAAAGGAUUUAUCAAUUAUUAUGGAAUGCAAAGAUUUGGUACUUUCUCCAUCUCAACCCAUACUUUAGGAGUCAAAUUAUUGAAUGACGAUUGGAAAGGUUUUGUCGAUUUAUUAUUAGCUGAACAAGAUGUUGUUGACCCUGGUAGUGAAGAAUCAAGAAAAAUCUGGUCAGAAACUUCCAACCCUUCAUUUGCUUUGAAAAAAAUGCCCCGUAGAUGUGUUGCUGAAAAUUCAGUUUUGAAAAGAUUAUGUUCUGAACCAUUAAGUGACAACGAAGAUUACAGCAGUCAUUCUUAUUUCCAAAGUAUUAUGGCUAUUCCAAGAAACUUAAGAAUUAUGUAUGCACAUGCUUAUCAAUCCUAUAUUUGGAAUAUAGUUGCAUCCCAAAGAAUCAACAAAUAUGGGUUGGAUGUUAUUGAAGGUGAUUUGGUGCUUGUUGAGGUAGAAGAAAAAAAGGAGAUUGUUGAUGGUGAAGUUUUUGAAGAAGAUAGUAUUGCUAACAAGUAUAUUAGAGCUAAACCAUUAACCAAAGAAGAUGUCGAAAGUGGUGAAUACUCCAUCUAUGAUGUAGUAUUACCCAUGCCAGGUUUUGAUAUUGUUUACCCGGGUAAUGAAAGUAUCAAACAAAUCUAUGUUGAUGAGAUGGCUAAAGAUGGUUUAGAUCCUUUCAAGAUGGCUAGACGAGUUAGGGAAUUUUCCUUAGCUGGGUCUUACAGAAAUAUCAUGAGUAAGCCUGGUAAUGUUGAUUAUAAAAUCAUCAAAUAUCAAGAUGACGACCAACCAUUAGUAAGGUCUGAUUUGGAAAUCUUGAGAGCUAAACAAGAAGGUAAAGAUUUAGAUAGAUUCAUCCAAUCUGAAGAUGGUGAUAAAACCGCUGUGGUUUUGAGAUUACAAUUAGGUGUUAGUUCCUACGCUACCAUGGCAUUGAGAGAAUUUAUGAAGGCAGACACAGCAAGAUUUGGUGACACUUUGAAGGUGGCCGAAAACUAA